AUGUUACUCUACAGAAGCUCUGGAAACAUUGGUCUCCCGCAGUCGUCUGGUCAGAACUACACUCAAAAUUUACGCCAAUUUUCCAGCACUCCGGAUGAAGAUGCAGUUGCCGCAAUGGAUGUUUCUGAGAAAACCAACCAUAAUGAUAUGCCCACAGUAGAGGACGUCUCAUACCAAUCUAUUCCUCGACCUGGUCGAAGAGCUCACAUCAGAACAAGGGUUAUUAAGACGGCUAUCGGAUAUGACAAGAAGAAGUGGUAUGAUCUACUGCGUUGUAUCCGAGACAACCUGGCUGCCGCGCGGAUUGACUGGUCGGUACCCUGGCGCGCGCAAAACCCCGAACAAAUUGCCCCGAUAUUCACCACCGUGGAGAAACACUUUCCAGAAACACGUCGCUUUGCUGAUCGGUGGGCUAUCAAUCAAAUAGCUUACCAGUAUGGUAUUCAACGCAACUAUCACCGGAGAACGGAAAGGGAUUUCAGACCUGACUCAAAGGCCGAAGACAACGUUCCAGCCGGCUCUAUCCCUUACUCGAUCCCCACUUACAAGGUCCCUAUGAAAGAUAUUCGACAAGCUCUUGGAUACGACAAGAAGAGAUGGAAUUACUUACGGACGUGCGUAAGAGAAAAUUUCGCCGCAGAAUUUGACUGGUCCGUUCCCUGGAGGGCGCAGAAUCCAGAAAGACUUGCUCGGGCGUAUUGCGCGGUUGAAGAGCACUUUCCAGAAACACGUCGCUUCGCUGAACGGUGGGCUCUCAAGGCAAUCGCCCAGGUGUAUUGGGAUGCCUGCAAGCGUCGAGGCAGAAAGCCUUUUAGCAUACUUUACGAAUCCAUUCCUUCUACUGAGCCACUUCCGAAGGUAAUGAUCAAGACUCAGAGUCAAGCAACAGGUCGUAGACGGUAG